UGGGAAAAUUGGUCCAAAUGUAUCACACUAUGCAUCCAGGACUAGGUGAGAACGUUCACUUUGAUCAUUCCGUUCAAAGUCAUGUGGCGAUACUCUGAGACCCAGGUUUUUCCAAAGAGCCUUUGAAAGCACUUUCAAGGCUGCAAAAUAUAUAUGAUAUGGCUCGUCGAUCAUGCAGAUGCUGGAGAUUUAGAAGUUGAAGCACUCUUGAACUUUAGGAAAUCUGUACAUGAUCCUCUACUGUCGCUGAGUAGCUGGAACAGAGGAACAGAUGUUUGCCAAUGGAAUGGUAUCAAUUGUUCCUCAGCACUGCCAGGCCAGAUUUCUAGCAUACAGCUCAACGAUCUCUCACUUUCAGGACCUCUUCCGAUUUUUACAAUCCAAGCCCUACCUCAGCUACGCAACUUUUCUGUUUCAGGGAACAACCUCACAGAAAUCAACAUAUCCUCUUCGCAGGAAUGCUCUCUGGAGGUUCUUGACUUGUCAAGGAACCAUUUCACUGGGGAUUUUCUCGACACUCUUACUCUUUCAUGCAAAGGCAUGAGGAUUUUGAACUUCUCAUACAACAAGCUACAACACAUUUCAGUGAAAAGGUCAAUUGGGAAUUCAAUGCUGGUUGGAGAGAUCCCUGAAGAUAUGUUCAAAAACUGCAAAAGUCUACGACAGCUUAACGUUUCAUCCAACUUCUUCACAACAUUUCGGAUUGAGCAUUGUACUAGUCUGCAGGAGUUGGACGUCUCGUUUAACAACAUUUCUGAAACAGUUUUUUGGAACGAUUGUGAUGCUUUGAAGGUGCUCAACCUGUCAGAUAAUCACUUCUCUGGACCAUUUCUCUCGGUAUUUGCCAAUCGAAGUUUACCUCAGGUUUUCAAGUCCCUGAAGGUUCUUCGAGCCGACCACAACAGUUUCACGGGUGAACUCCCUACAGUUCCUCAAACCCUCGAGGCUCUAGACUUGAGCUGCAACAUGUUCAUCAGUAGCAACACAAACAUCUGCCUCCUAAACUCCAGACUCGAGUCUUUGGUGUUGGUAUACAACAGAUUGCAUGGUCCGGUUUUGAGCUUUCACUGUGAUAACCUACAAAUGCUCGAUCUGAGUCUCAACUCCAUGACAGGAUCACUUCCAGAGGAUAUAUGCAGCAGACUUCCAAAGCUUCAACACCUCAUCCUUUGGGGCAACAAUCUCGAAGGCAGGAUACCACCUACAAUCGGCGACUGCAGUGAGUUGGUGACCCUGCAUCUCAGUCACAACAAUCUCUCCGGUGUUAUACCAGAGGAGAUAUCUCGCUUGAAGAAAAUGUACACGCUAGUUCUUAGCAACAACAUGCUAUCUGGAUCAAUCCCGGCAUCUGUGGUACAGAUACCAAGCCUUCGAGGUCUUCUACUUGGGCACAACAAGCUUGAGGGUGGUCUUCCAGUGGAGCUGAAAAACACCAGCAAUCUAAUCCAGCUUUCACUGAACGACAACCAGAUGGCGGGAGAAAUUCCAAGCUGGGUCGGCUGCUCAGUUAAAGAGACGCGGUAUAAUAAUGAUGUAACAUUCCCCUACUUGAUGGUGUUGCUGUUCAACAUAGAGCCAUCCAUCUGCAAAGGCUACAACGAGGCCAUGUUCAUACUCCAGGGGAUACGUUUCCAUGAGUUUGAGCAACUUCCCAUUGCAACCAGAUGCCAAACUUGGUUCUACCUAGCACCUCCAGGUUUCAACAUUUAUUUAACUCCAAAUCAUACUAGCCACUGGUGCAUCGAUAUCUCAUUCAACAGCUUCACAGGAACAAUCCCAACAGAAUUCUGUGCGACUCAGAAUUUGUAUUGGCUGAACCUUGCACACAACUUGCUCACAGGGGCUAUUCCUUCCACAAUGGGCAACCUCAAGAACAUUGAGUGGCUAGAUCUCUCACAAAACCAGCUCGAAUCACAGAUCCCGGGCUCGCUUGCCGACCUCACCUUUUUGAAGUACUUCAACAUCUCACACAACAGGCUUCUUGGAGGGAUUCCACAGGCAGGGCAGCUUCCAGUUUUCCCAGCAAGCAGCUACGAAGGAAAUCCGGGGCUGUGUGGCAUCCCACUUGCAGAAUGUCAACGUGCUGCUCCUGAUGACCAUAAUUUGGAUAAUCAUUCUGGUGGGAAGGAUGAAGAUGGAAGGAUGCUGGCUGGCAUUGUUGCUGCUGUUGUUUCAUGUGUUUUAUGGAGCUGUGCAAUGGUUGCCACUGACAUCUUGUGGGAUGAUGCAACUCUCAAAGAACACUUUCGGCUUGGUUUGUGUGAUGAUAUGAAAGAUUUGAUGCUUUCUCAUCCAGAUCCUACAUCUCUCAUGAUGGGCAUCAAUCUUGCUGUUUGGAAACUGGAAGUAAAUUCACAUAGCAUUUAUCCAUUAAUCUCAUACUACGGAAGAGGACAUUUGCAGCUCACCUGCUCUAGAAACGAUCAGCGACAUCAAGUGCUCACUCAACAGUUGAUUAUCAUGGAGUUCUUGUCAAUUGCGGCAGUUCUAGUGAUUGCUGAGUUAUUUGCUCCAGGCUUGGGUUUCCAGUGUCCAAAAGCCAUGUUCUGGUUUGGGGAUUCUAUUGUCGAUACAGAGAAUGUUCAAGCAGCAGCUCCGUUUAUUAGUGCCGCAGAGUAUAAGCCUUAUGGCAUGACUUUCUUCACGGAGGCUUUUGAGUAUGAUAGAUUCCUGGAUAACAUUUUGCAAAGUAUUAACUUGAAUUAUGCCAAUGGGGUGAAUUUUGCGGUCUCUGGAGCAACUGCUUUGAACACCAGCCUCGAAGUUCCACUGUACCUUCCAGUUCAGAUUGACCAGUUUCUGAGGUUCAAGCAAGAUGCUUACUACAGCAGACAUGGUAAAGGUAAUGAUUCUUCUCAGACUUUGCAAAGGUAG